AAUCUGCGAGUUGCGACUCUGCGACUGCUUCAAAGCCAGUCAAAUAAAUUCAGGCUGGAAAAUUCACGUAAAGUCGUAAGUGGUUCAAUACACAUGGAGUACGUUAAAACGUUUUAAAAAAUAAGUUUUAAGCAGUGAAUUGUUUACCUGUUGGCUCGUGAUUUGGUCGACGAAAAAUUUUUAAAAUGUUUUCCAGCAUACCCAGGUCAUUGAUUUGUUCGAACGCUUUACCACCGAAUCGGGCGUUAGCGUAUGCGUUAACGAAAUGUCCCGCACUCUUAGAACCUUCGUCGCAAUGUCGGAACUAUCACGAAGUUACCGGGAACAUCAUUUGCCCCAACGUGGUGAGGGGUAUCGACCAUCUCAGAGACCCUCGUCUCAACAAGGGUCUUGCAUUUACGUUAGAGGAACGGCAAGCGCUUGGCAUUCACGGCCUUUUGGCGGCCAAGUUCAAAUCACAGGAAGAGCAGCUGGAUAUAUGCAGAAUAUCAAUAGAUAGAUACGAGGACAAUCUCAACAAAUACCUUUACCUCGUCGAGUUACAGGACAGAAAUGAGAAGUUGUUCUUCAGACUGUUGUCAGAGAAUGUCGAGAAGUAUUUACCUAUUGUUUACACGCCCACCGUAGGUCUCGCCUGCCAAAGAUUCGGCCUCAUUUACAGGAGGCCGCGAGGACUCUUUAUCACUAUCAAUGAUAAAGGCCAUAUAUUUAAUAUACUCAAAAACUGGCCGGAACCAGACGUCCGAGCUGUAGUAUUCACUGACGGUGAACGUAUCCUUGGUCUAGGAGACUUGGGUGCAUACGGUAUGGGCAUACCUGUAGGAAAGCUGUCUCUGUAUACCGCGCUGGCGGGUAUCAAGCCUCACCAGUGUUUGCCCAUCACUUUGGACGUUGGGACGAAUAAUCAGGAUUUGUUGGAAGAUCCACUUUACAUUGGAGUGCGCCAAAAACGAGUGAGGGGUAAAGAGUACGACGAAUUUAUGGACGAGUUCAUGGAAGCAGUUGUUCAAAGAUACGGACAGAAUACACUUUUGCAGUUCGAGGACUUCGCGCUGUUGAACGCGGGUCGUCUCCUCCAGAAGUACCGCAACAAGUACUGCACAUUCAACGACGACAUCCAGGGCACGGCCAGCGUGGCCGUCGCGGGGCUGAUGGCUGCCGUCAGGGUCACCAAGCGGAAGCUCAGUGAGAACAUCUAUUUCUUCCUUGGUGCUGGAUCGGCAGCCAACGGUAUUGCCUGCUUAACAGUAGCGGCUAUGGUAGCAGAAGGUCUAACAGAGAAGCAGGCCCAAGACAGAGUCUACAUGUUUGACGUGGACGGUCUCCUCUCCACCAGGAGAGAGGGCGGAGUUCCCGAACACGCGAAAGCCUUUGGCAAGGACGUCGAGCCGGAAAAGAGCUUCGAAGCUUGCAUUGCGAAGAUUAAACCCAGUUGUCUCAUUGGAUGCUCUACUGUGGGCGGUGCGUUCACCACCGCCGUGUUGCAGCAAAUGGCAAAGAACAUCGACAGGCCCGUCAUAUUCGCACUGUCCAACCCGACGAGCAAAGCCGAGUGCACCGCUCAGGCCGCGUACGAUAAUACUGAGGGUAAAUGUAUCUUCGCGUCGGGCUCACCGUUCCCGCCCGUGAAGUACGGCGGCAAGGAGUACCACCCCGGUCAAGGGAACAACUCCUACAUAUUCCCUGGUAUUGCUCUGGGAGUCAUCGCUACUGCCACGCAUCAUAUACCUGAGACUAUGUUCUUAACCGCUGCCAGGACUCUAGCUAACUUCGUUAGCCAGGAGGACCUGGAUAUUGGUCGCAUUUAUCCCCCGCUGUCCGACAUUAAGGAGGCAUCACUUGCCAUCGCCAUUGAGGUCGCCAAGUUAGCUUACGAUGAAGGUCUUGCAUCAGUGUACCCCGAACCGAAGGACCUAGCUGGGCACAUCGCGAACCAAAUGUACAACUAUCACUACGAGAGCGCCAUGCCCGUCGUGUGGGAUUGGAAACCCGAGGAGAAGUUCAACGUGAGACCCAUCCAGCCGGUGCCCAAGAACAUUUAAAGUAUUGUUUUUGUUUUUCAUUUCAUUACUUAUUUAUUUCGCCUUUCUCCACUGGCCGAGUGUAUCGCACCGCGUUAAAUUCAUUUAUUAGGCGACUAAUCAAUAUGUAAAGUUAUAACUGACUGAUCCACUGACUGACUGACAUAUCUCUUUCGGUAGGCCAAACGGGGUUGUCAGCCUUGAUGGCUGUAACCAUACUUAACCAUACCUUAACCGUGAUAGCUUGAAUAAGCCUUGGGGUGUAAUAAUGGUGGUUGUGUAUCCCCUGACAAGACCCAUACUAUUUAAAUUGUAUUUAUACUUGCUUAUUAAGAUAAUUUAAUUGAUCUGAGGGUGACAUAACUCUGUGCGGUAAACUCGGACGUAGAUUUCCAUCAGUUCCAUCAGAAUAAAAAUAGACUUAUAAUAAAUUGGCAUAAGUUCUAGGUGAUCUAUUGUCAUUAUGUUUAUUUUAUAAUUACUGUCAUUGUACUCAAGUAUUUAUUAUCAUGUAUAUAAAUAAUAAUAAUUUAUUUUAAUUUUACUGUUAAUUUAUACAUUUAUGACUCUGCACCCUCAAACACAGAGCCAGUGAGUGUCAAGUGUCUUUUAUAUAUAAAUUUUAAUAUAUUUUUUGAAAAUUGCACGAAAAAGAAAAAGGUUCUAUUUUUCUUUGUAUUUUUUGAAAUUUUUGAUAACGUUAGUUAUAUCAAAAGUAAUGCCAAGCAAAACGACAAUGAAGAAAAUCAGAGACGAAAAAGUUGCACAAACAAUCAAUGUCAAACAAUAAUUACUAUGGAUUUUCUUGGUUUUGCUUUCUUUUAUAAAAAGGAUAAUUAGAAAGCAGUUUAAAUUACUAUGUCUAAUUAUAUACAAAAUACGAUGUAGCUAAUAUAUUAUAAGUCUAUUUAAAAAUGGUGUUUGCGUCAUGAAAAAAAUCAUUUGAUGAAUUACUCUAUGAACCAUAGAUUAUAUUUUUAUUUUUAAAUGUAUACAAAGUAUUAUUACCUCGGUAUUAUAUUGUAUUCUAUUUAACAUUAUGUCGCAAGGAUACUGCAAAGUUCAAAACGUUUUAAUAAUAAAUUUAAAAUUUACGAUAAUAGAAUUAUCGAAUAUAAACAAUUUAUAGAUCUGUUAUGGCUGUUAAAAUACGUGAUAUAUUUAUUUAAAAAAAAAAACAUUUUAAAUGUUAUUGUUUUUACUGCGCGAUACUUUCGUUCAUUUAAUUAUUAAUUUGUUAUAUCAGUUAGCACAGAAUAUUAUGUGUAUUAUAAUAUUUACUCUUUUAUAAAACUUAUUGCGAUAUUUUAACGGAAGACAAUAAUAUAAAACUAGGUACUCGUAUAGCUAAGUACAGCUUACUAAUGUGAUUAAGUAUAUUAUGUUAUUUAAACCGAAAUACGUUUCUUUAGUUUCUUUGAUUUUUCUGAAUUUGCUAUCUGUAAUUUUUUCAUUAUAAUUACAAGAGGUCGUCAAUUGUAAAGUUAUAACUAACAGACCGACUUACGUAUCUACGCCCAGCACUACUGUUUGGGCAGUACUUUCCAUAUGGGACAUAACCUGAGUCUAUGUUCUUUGACUGUUCAACUUUAAGGAGUAAAUGGGAAGAUAAAAAUUUGACCUUGGAAUGUUAGGUCACAAAUUUUGCGCGGACAAAAACAAUGCGAAAAAUCGAAAUUAACAAUUAUUUUAAUGUUUUGAUCUUGACUUCUUGCGAUGUAGAAUAUCGUGACUAAAAUUAAUUUUGACCAAAAAAGGUAAACCGUAUGAUAUAUUGACUCAAUUGUAUGUCAUCGAUUCUGUCUCAAAAAUAGUAAGUCAUUUGGAAUGACUGUGAGACUAGUUAGUAUUUAUAUGGUAGGUGUUAGUUAUCAUGUUAUUACGUAAAUAAACGAGGGCCUGCACAUGCCAGACAUACUUAUAGUCCAGGAUCUGGGGAGCAUUGAUCAUUAUCAACUUGAAUUUUCCGUGAGUAGUUUCGUCGUGAUGAGACAUUUUACUUUUAUAUUUACGAAAAUUCUUUAUUCUGGUAGCUAACAAGGGUACUAGGUAAUAAAAAUUUCCAAGAACGAUAUAACGUACCACGCGAUUUCUAAGACAAUAUGGCUGUUAAGUUGUAUAACUAUUAAUUAAGCAACAGUAAAAAAACAGCUGGUUUAUAACGAUUUAUGAUGACCUCGUUAUUGAUACAAGUUGUUGAUUCUCUGAACUCCACUCAAGUCCAGAGAAUCAAGAUAAAAGUUGAGCGUCUCAUCAAAGAUGAAGACUAUUCACGGAAAAUUAACUUGAUAGUAAUCAAUUGUAAUGUCCCCCGGAUACUGGACUAUUCAUUUUAUGAAUGUACCAUACUUACCUAUGGUAUCAUCAUGGCGUAACAAACAAGGGAACCAUUACUACUGGGGUAAUAUGAGGGAAAAAGCGUUCAUAAAAUGAGGAAUGUCUGACUAUCGCAGGCUCUCGUUGCAUAUAUUUAUUGUAUCAAGUAUUUGUCAGUAGAUGUAGUUAUAGCCAAUCGUGUGAAAUACAAAAAAAAAAUGUAUACAUGGAGCCCAAAUUUGUGUACUGAAACAAAACUAAAUUCAUUAGUAUUAGAUGUGAGUAUUGUUGACGAAUGAAUAACAUGUUUGUUAUAAUUUUUAUAUGUAUAUAGCAUGUCAGUUAAAAGGAAUAAAAAAUGUAAACAAACUUUGACGUUGUUUUGUGAAGAAAAAAAAGUAUUUUCUCGGAACAAACUAUAAACACCCAAGGGAAGAAUGGCUGUUUUGUCUCCCGUAUGCAUUUGUCACUUUCAAAAUAUAAAGGCAAAGUUUGUUUUAUUUUUUAUUUUAUUUAAUUUACAAACUUAUGUAGAAAACAGUAUUUCGUAUUUUUAAUAGUUAAUUUUUUUUUGUUUGAAAGUAUUCUUAUCUAUUUGAUCAUAUGAACCAACGAGUAUUGUAUAACAGUUUUAUGUAUCGUAUAUGUUUAAUUCUAACGUCUAGUCACCGCAGCAUUAAAUGUAAAAGCAAAUAAAUUAUGUUAACUUAAAAUAAUCAAUGUAAAAAUAAAGACACUAGAAAAUAUUUUUUUUUAAUAUCAAUCGAAAUCAUUUUGCGCAUCUAUUGGCUAUAUUAAAAUGUCGUGUAUUAUUGUAUAUGUAUUGUAACAUAUUUUAUAAAUAGACCACUAUAUCAAUUAAAGGACUAUUUGAAAAGCGUAACAAAUAUGUAAAUGUAUCAACAUAUUUGUGGGCUAAGACCACGAUAUCCAGAAACGAGAGAAAGACAAGUGCUAACGAAUAACGAAAGUAUUGCCCUCUCUUUUGUUGUGUUGGGACGAAAGAGAGAGCAAUAUAUAAACUCCAUCGCUAUUGGUCGACACUAUGUAUUUUCUCUUCACGAGUUGUUGACGCUUGUUAGGCCUACUUUAGGCCUAUUUUGGUCAUCAUUGUACUUGGUCUCGUUAGAGUCAUUAAUAUAAUAUUCGAUGAAAUGUAUAACUAUGGCAAUCAAGAUAACAAAAAUGAUGUUUGAAGUCGUAGUUUAGAAAUAAUUUUAUGCUUAAAAUGUUGUGCUUUUUUCUAGGUGUUCGAUUAGCGAAAAAAAAACAAUGUAUUAAAAAAUCUGAGAUAUAUCCAAUCUCGUAAUAAAAUAAAUGCUUAAUAGAAUUUAAUAUACUUUUGACUUGGUUAUUAAGUAUACGUUUUCAGUUCAGUAUUUUUUUAAGAUAGUGAGACAUUAUUUUCGCUGAGCGAAAAAAAAUGAGUUUUUUCUUUGUUUAUGUUGUAUAACCUGUGGGUAUCUAUUGAUACGAUGUGAUUAUGUUGCUGUGACGUAUAGAGAUUAUGGAUUUGAACUUACUGCCCUUAGUACAUUUGUGAGUCGCACUGUGAGUGCAUUAUUGGCGUAGACGAAGUAAGAAAUAGACCAGUGAUUGGCGUGUGUUGUCUGCCAAGAUAUUCAAUUUUGACGUGUUUUUUAAAUCACACUGAACCAUUUUGUCAAUAAUAUAUAUUAUGCUAACUAGUUACUUAUAAUUUGAAACGAGUGGAGACUGUAAUUUAGUGCUCACACUACGUUUAUUUUUUUUACAGAAUGAAAUUUGUCAAAAUUGUCCAUAAGGUUGCAAAAACGAUUAGCUUGCUUAUUCACUAAUUUCGUAUUUAUUAACAACCUGUUAAAAUAAACCAACCAACCAACUGAGAAAUGUCCUACUGUAUGAUAUCCACGAAGUGUUAUCCGUUGGCAUUUGUUACAUAGAAUAUCAAUUUUGUAUAUGUCAGCUAACACACGUCAAAGUUAGUGAAUUAGUCUGCAGGCGUUAUGACACCGAAUAUCGAAUCGUCUUGUCUCCUUUACAGAGUCUAUCAUAAGUUGUUCUCUUUUUUGAGGGAACGCUAUCAAUAUUUUGUCUAUUACUUUCUCUGUCUACGUUUAUUAGACUCUGUAAGUUUGUAUUCGAAAAGUGCUUAUGAACAAACAUCACGCACAUGUGUGCUACAUUUCUAUACUCGUGUUAAAAUAAUUUGUUGGUCAUGUUUGUUUCUUCUGUUAUCGACUAAUACACUUAUACACGCAUACUUAUUAUGUACAUCUUGAAAUGGAAUUUGCUAUGUGUAAGGAAUGUUAUGAAAUAAUAAAAGAUGUACACCUAACACAUUAUUAAUACGUAAAGUACGAAGUUUGUUUUACUUACUUCUCACUGACCUUUUUCGUAUUGUGAUCAGUUAAAAAAUGCAUUGCCCAAACAUAAAAAUAAAAAAAUCGUGUAAACGGAAAACGAAGUAAGAAAUUUUAUUAAUAAAAUAUUAUUUAAAAGGUCAGCCUGUAAAUGCCUUUAGUUGCAUUUCAGUAUAAUUGAAGUUAAAAAAUCAUGAUUUAAAGGUUUUUGUUAAAUUUCCAAAUGUGGAAAAAAAAUAUUGUCCAUAUUACUUAGGUACUUGUAUAUUAUAUUUUCUGCACUUGUUAAGUUAUAACAGAUUUUUCGAUCCCAGAUUUACUUAAAAAAAACAUGUAGAAAUAUCGGAGAAACUGUCAGUAAUAAAUCUUUGAUCAAAAUGUUGUAUAUUUUAUUUAUUCAUUAAUCGAUAACAAUUUUGGACAAUAUUAUGUUGGAAAUACAAUUGGCAUUUUUUUAAUUGGGUUAAUUCUGAAAUUAAAAUGAAAUAUUGGGACUUGGAAUGCAGACUGGGUCAUAGACAAUUGUUGAUUUAAAGGACUUAUAACUCUGUUACGCUUGUCUAUUAUAAUAUUAAACAAAUAGUUCCAUCAAAAGUUGCACUAUGGUUGACAUUUUUACGGGAUGGGAAGGUUUGUUAAGUGUACUUCCAAUUUUCAAACAGCGUGUUAUUUAUUUUUUCAGUUUUUUUUUCAUCAUAAUAUACAAAAUAAUGUUAUUAAAUGCAAGAUGUUGCGUUUGUUUCUUAGAAAUAAUACAUUGUUCAAUUAUAAUAAUUAUAAUGAAUGUAUGUUAUUAAUUAUACUUGUUCAAAACCUAA